GAGCCCGUCCUGCACCUUCACUGUCCUCCCUCACCCAGGCAGACUCACCUCCUCCAGGUGGACAAAGACAGAGGAGACGGGGAGAGGCUGGCCAUGAGCCCCCGGCCCCUCACCCUCCUGGGCCUCGUGCUCUGCCUGGGCCAGACGAUCCACAUGCAGGGGGCCCUGCCCAAACCCUCCCUCAGGGCCGAACCAGGCCCUGUGGUCCCCCGGGGACGGCCUGUGACCUUCGUGUGCCGGGGCCCAGCUUGGGCUGAGUUCUACCACCUGGAGAAGGAAGGAAGGCGCGUCUUUCUUUAUCACAAAGGUGUGUCUCAAGAUGGUCUGCCUGUGACAGAGGCCAGAUUCCACAUCCCCGAGGUGAGUAAAGUGACUGCGGGGAGUUACCGCUGCCUGUAUGAACAUCCGUAUGAGAUCCGGUCUGAGCGCAGUGAGCCCCUGGAACUGCAGGUGACAGGGGAGGACGUCUCCACUCCAACCUCAGGGCCCGCCUCCCGGGAUUACACGGUGGAGAACAGCAUCCGCUUGGGCCUGGCGGGCGUGGUGUUGCUGAUCCUGGUGGCGAUCCUGGUGGAAGCUGCGCUCAGCCAGCGGAGGACCCCACAGGGACCACAGGCAUAAACACAAGGGAGCCCCCAGAGAGAGGGGACCCCAGGGCCCCAGCAGGGACCUCCCUGAGGGUCCGAGACUCACCCCGGAGCCCACAUGACCAGAGCCGUCCCCGCUGUUGUUCAAGGACAAGAGCACCCAGGCCCACGUGGGUUAGGAUGCUUGGCCUCAACCUUCAUCUUCCCAGGACCAUGGAGAGAAGUCAUCUUGAUUAACAGG